AUGACUCCUAAAGUCCUUCUGGAAGACGGACUCGCUCCCAAUACUAGACCUUUGAUACCGAAACAGGGCAAUGGACACCUUCACCUCUCUCAUCCACCCAGGGCAAAUUUCUCAACUCUCAUAGCUUCAUACCCACUCAAACUCCUCGCUCCUUCUCCUCUCCCCUCACAGCCUUCGAACAUAGCGACAUGUUAUACUCUCGCAUACGGAGGUGGACUAGUAGCGGGUGAUCUCAUCUCCCUCCGUGUGGACAUCGAUCAAAGCUGCGGUCUCGUCAUGCUCACUCAAGGAAGUACGAAAGUUUUCAAAAGUCGUCCAAAUCUUCGACAUCUUUCAUAUCCCUCCCCACUUUCACUUACCUCUUCGAAGACCGAUAUGACCCGUCAACGUCUACAUGUCACACUCCAACCUAAAUCAUUCCUCCUUCUAAUGCCCGAUUCCGUGGCUCCAUUUCGAAAUUCCAAGUAUUCUCAAACGCAACGGUUCCUCUUACCAGCGGAUAACUCGGCUUCGUUGCUUCUACUAGAUUGGGUGUCUUCGGGAAGAGGUCAACACAGGGGAGAUACUGGAGAAAUGGAAAUUUGGACCAUGGAAAGUUACGCUUCCACCAAUGAGGUAUACUUAGGCGAUCGUCUGGUUAUGCGUGAACGUAUGGUGCUGAAUAAUCCUCCUGAAUCUCUCAAAUCAUUUCAAGGUGACGGAAUGUCAGAUGUCGCAAGGCGAUUAGCACCUUAUAAUGUUUACGCUACAAUUCUCAUCCUUGGUCCUCAUUUCGAAAGUCUGUUAACGCAUUUGGCAAAGUUGGUUCACGCCACAAGACAGUUCCAAGCUCAAAAACCGGAGAAAGUGUUGUGGUCUUUCAAUCUUGUUGAGAGCGGAGCGGGGGUGUUGAGGGUAGCUGGGGAGGAAGUGGAGGAUGUAAGGGGUUGGUUGAGGACUGUAUUAGGCGAUGGAGGGGUGAAGGAGUUGGUCGGGGAUGGUCUGUGGGGAAGGAUCAUCUAA